AUGUUUGAGAAAAGCAACAAGGACUUUGAAAAGUGGCACAACGAGCAGGUAUGCAAUAACUAUGUAUUUGACUUCCAGAAGGAAUUAAUUGAAUAUUGUAUAUCUGAUGUUGACAUCUUGGCUAAAGCUUGUAUUAAAUUUAGAUCACUCUUUAUAUCUGAAUGCAAUGUUGACCCAUUUUUAGAGGCUGUCACUAUAGCUAGUGCGUGUAACCUGGCAUUUAGACGUAAUUUCUUGAAGCCAGAGACAAUAGGCAUAAUACCGAAGAAAGGAUACAGGUUGGUGGAUACCCAGUCGUCUGCUGCACUCCAGUGGUUAGCUUAUGAGGAAGAGCAGCGGGGUGUGAGGAUCCAGCAUGCUGGUCGAGAGCGGGAGGUUAAAAUCGAAGGGAUGAAGGUGGACGGCUUUGAUGGGGCGCGAAUAUAUGAGUUUCAAGGUUGCUACUACCACGGAUGCCCAAAGUGCUUUCCGUACAAAAGAGAAGAGCCUCUGAAAGAAGACUCAUCUGACACCCUUGAAUUGAGAUACGAGAGGACAAAAGCCAAAAUGGAAAAACUCUCUCGAACCCCCUACGAACUAGUAGAGAUGUGGCAAUGCGGAUUUAACAAUCUGAAAAUAGAUCGAGAUUUAACACAUUUAGAAAAUCAUCCCGUGUUGACAGCCUUACCGCUCAAUCCCCGAGACGCCUUCUUUGGAGGAAGGACGGGAAAUGCAAUGACAUACCACAGGUGUACGGAAGAUGAGCAAAUACACUACGUAGACGUAUGUUCCCUCUAUCCCUACGUCUGUAAACACGGUAAAUAUCCGAAAUCGCAUCCUACCAUUUAUCUUGGUGACACAGAGUGCAGGGAAAGGGGAAUGCAAGCUGAGGGUCUGCUAAAGUGCAAAGUGCUUCCUCUAAAAGAUCUGUACCACCCAGUGCUUCCAGCUCGAAUGAAUGACAAAUUAAUGUUCGUACUGUGCAAUUUUUGCGGCGAAGAGCUCAACAGCGGAGAAUGUCAACAUAGCGACGACGAAAGGGCGUUGAUUGGCACAUGGACGAUGGAUGAAAUACGCAGAGCAGUUGAAAAAAGCUACAAAGUUGUCGAAAUGUACGAGUUGUGGGAGUACAAGAUGGCCACCUUCGAAGAAGGUGGACUGUUCACUGAAUUUAUAGAUAAAUUCUUAAAGAUAAAACAAGAAGCAUCUGGCUAUCCCUCCUGGUGCGUCACAGAUGAGGAUAGAGAGAGGUAUGUUCAAGACUACUUCGAGCACGAAGGAAUCAGACUAGAUCCAGUUAAAAUAGAGAAAAACGAAGGUCUCCGUUCUCUCGCAAAACUGAUGCUUAACUCGUUUUGGGGCAAGUUUGGGCAAAGGGGAAAAACCAAACAAAGACUCUCAUCACAAGGGAUCCUGAAGAACUCUUUAGACUAUGCACGGACUCAUGAGUUAUCGUCAACAGAAUACAGGAAGUCAGUGAAGACGUUGUUCUGGUCAGUUGGCAACAUCUAG